AUGGCUACGGCUCGCGGAUAUUGGACUGAGCAUGUGUCCAAGGAUGGCAGGCGCUACUUCUUCAAUCAACAGACGAAGAAGUCGCAAUGGGAGAAACCAGAUGAACUAAAAACUGAUAUAGAACGUAAAAUUGAAAGUGAUACGAACUGGAAACCGUUCGAGACGGCAGAAGGAAAGAUCUACUACUUCAACACCCAAACGCGUCAGAGUGUCUGGGAAAAACCGCCAGAAGUGCUUCAGAUAAUACGAGAGCAUGAACAACAGGAACUUUCUACCAAAGAAAACGCUAAGACGGCUUUCCUUAGGUGGUUAGAGGAAUUUAAUUUUACACAACGUACCAACUGGGACACCGCGGCACGACAACUUGAGUCCCAUGAAAGAUGGCAAAAGUUUGCGAUGCUAACAAAGGGGGAAAAGAAGCAGCUCUUCUCCGAAUUCACCAGCCAAACGCAGAGACGCAUACAGGAGGAAAUGCGACGCAAACGCGGCAUGAUAGGAGACCUUAUAAUUAACGAACUGGAUAAAUGGGAGGACCUCACACCGUACACUACCUAUGUGGAGUUUGCAAAACGGUGCAACAAACGAGAAUGGUGGUCCUGGGCUGACGAAAAGACAAGAGAUGCGCUUUUCCAGGAUUGCCUACUGCGCAUGGAGAGGGAUCUUAAGUGGCGAGAGCGCGAAAGGCGUAAACUGGCCAUGGAGAAAUUAGAAAAUGAAAUCGAGACGCUGGCGAAUGAAAAUUUGCCGCAGUGGUCCAAUGUCAAAAUGCAAUUCGCAGGUUUCCAAGGACUGCACCUUCUAGAAGUGCUCGAGUGCCACCGCGAUGCUUUUAAGCGUCUAUAUCGGCUUAGGGUAAAAGAGGCAGGAAAACGUGCAUAUAGAGCACAAAGAAAACGCAGGCAACGUUUUGUAUCCUUUCUAGAGGAUGCGGUAGGUAAAGGUGAGAUUAACGGCAGAACAACCUUCGAAGAGUUCAUAAAGGGACAUUCGACGGAGGCCAUAUACCUAGAUAUUGUUGGUCAACCUGGGUCAACACCAUACGACCUUUUCAAAGACGUUCAGAAACCUCUCAGGGACCAAUACAAAAGAGAACGGCAAAAGGUAAAAUCUCUGAUUUCACAGGGAAUUCUCGAUCGCAAUGCAACGCUGGAGGAAUAUGAGCGCAUAGCAAUGGAAAAGGGUGCCUGUAGUAAAUGUAACAUACCCCUUAUACACGAAAGCUUGCGACGUAGCACCAACAAGUCGCGCAAACCGCUGUCACAGAGUCCAGAGGAAGGAGAAAUACGUUACAGCUUAGAAACCGCAUCCAGCGACGAGUCGCCCAGGUCAUAUAGCAGAGCUGGAUAUCCCAAGCGCCGACGCCGCGACCGUUGA